UUAAUUUUUAUAGUCAAAAGUAGGAGAAGCCAAUAAUUUAUGUUUAGAAAAAUUCUAUUUAGCAGUUUCUAGAAAAUAGAAGUUAGAAGCCAAUUCACAAAACUACAAACCUUAGCAAAAAUAUAAGAAUUAAAAAAUCCAAUUUAUUUAUUUAAAAGGUAAAAUGGCACUCAAUAUAAAUAGAUCCUUUAAUAAUUGAGUAGAAAGAGUGCUUUUAGCUUUUGCUAAUAAAAGUUUAAUACUGAUGAUUAUAUAGAUAUAGGCGGAGAAGAUAAUUAAGAUUCAUCUUAAGCAAAAGUAUAAGGAAUGUUUAAAGAAAAACCUUUUGGUACAUUAACUAUAUGCCCAACUCCUAUUGGUAAUUUAGGUGAUAUAUCAAUAAGAUAGUAUUAAGCUUUACUAAAUGCAGAUGUAAUAGCAUGUGAAGAUACUCGUAUUACUGGUAUGCUGUUUAAAUUAAUAAAGUAAAAAAAGAUCAAAGAAUCUCUUCAUGAAAGCUUCGGUGUUGAGGAUCUAGGAGAACUUAAAGAAUAAGCCAGCAAUAGUAAUUAGAAAGAAGAUGAGUUCGAUGAUACUUAUCUAUUGGAAAGCGAUUAGAUUGAUAACUUAGAUGUUAAUUAAAGAUUAACUCGUGAAGAACGUAUUAAGUUGAAAAUUUUGGAACUUAGACAAAAAGCUAAACAAGUUUUAAAGUAAGAGGAUACCUUAAACAUCUUCGAUGAAAGCUAUGAAAACGAUGACCCAUUCAGCAGAUAAGGAGACAAUUCAACUUAUGGGCUAGAAGAUGAGUUUAUUAAAUAUCUCAAAGCUAAGAUUAUGCAAUCUAAAAAGUAUAAAGGUAGAGGUAUAUUAAUUUCAUAUCAUAAGUAUAAUGAAGAAAAUAGAAUUGCUAAGCUUCUUAAAAUUAUGAGAUAUGGAUUAAAUAUUACUUUGGUUUCUGAUGCUGGUACUCCAACUAUUUCCGAUCCAGGAUACAGAAUUGUAAAUAAAUGUAUUGAAAAUCAUAUACAUGUUGAAGCUUUACCUGGUCCUAAUAGUGCAAUUACAGCUUUGUCAAAGAGCGGUUACCCAGCUGAUAGAUUCCAUUUCGAAGGGUAUCUUCCUAAAGUAUAAUCAGAAAGAGAAGAAAAACUUAAUAAAAUGAAGUAAAGUGAACUCACGAGUGUUUGCUUUGAGAAUGUAACGAGAUUAUCUAAAACUCUUCUGUCUAUAGAAAAAAUAUUUGGAGAGAAGCAACAAAUAUUUUUAUCAUUUGAAAUGACAAAACUGUACGAAAAAUAUUAUCGUGGAGAAGUUAGAGAGUUAUAUGAAUUAUUGAAUGAUCCAGAAAAGAUAAAGUAAUCACAUUUAAAGGGUGAGCUAACGAUGGUUAUUCCACCUUACCUCCCUUAGUAUAACAAAGAAUUAAUAGAAGAUUAGUUUAAGAAAGAUAAAAGAAAAUAUUAUCAUAUGGAGUGGGAAGAUGAAAAUAAUUAGAAAUUUAUUUAAGUAGAACCUAAAGUAAUUGCAUAAAUAUUAAAUGAAACUCUUGAAACUACAGAUUAAGACUUAGCAAAUUUAUUAAGCUAAAUCCUGAGAAUAUCUCGUUCAAGAGCUAUGUCCUUAGUUGGAGUAAUCAAACAUUAGUAAAAAAGAACCCGUAGUUGGGAUGAAUUCAUAGGAAACUAUACUGAAGAAGUUAAGAGAAAAGAAAAGAAAAUGAAGAAAUAGUCAUAACAAAGUGAGGAAUAAAAUAUAAAAUGAGUUAAAUAAACAAAAUAUGAACUACUGACUGAAUGAAUGUCUUUCUAACUAAAUUAGCAAUCUAAUUAUAAUCAGGAGCAAAAAUAAAUUAAAUUUUUUGAAAAAUAGCUUCUUUAUAUUUUGCUAAAACAAUUUUUGAAAUAUUAAAAAAAUUUAAUAAAUAAAAUAAAAUAAUUAUUUGUAUUUUUAUGGUUAAAGUUGUAUAUAAUUUAAUAUAAGAUUAAUCCUAACUUAAACUUUAACAAUAAAUCAUAAAAUUAAUUUUCAAUAAAUAAAUAGAUAUAUUUUAUUGAACUUUAUUAGUUAUAUUUGAGUGAGUAAAAUUAACAUAGUGUUAAUUUGACAGUGG